GCUAAUUAACACACUUCCCAACUUCCGGUUAACAGACCGGAAAAUCCCGUGACGUCACAAGGGUAGCGCUUGGUCUAAGAAAUGAUAAUGUCGGACAGUGAUAACAGCGAGUGCGAGUGGUUCGAAGACUCAAACAAUUCGGAAGAAUGCAGCCUGAAUUUAAGCUUUGAAUCUUCUGAUUACGACACGGAGGUUAUAGAGAGACAAGCUGGUAUUCAACCAUACCAAUUUGAACCCGAGGUAGAUGGUGAAAGCAGUCCAUCUUCACCUGCGUCGUCUACACGUAGCGAUGAUAAUGCUGAUCGCCUGGGAUCCUUAGACUGGUGUCUUUGCGGUAACUGCAGUCUUAUGCCUACCAUUGAGGAGUGCAGGUGCUGUAGUGAGAUACACAGUGUACUGAACACAAAAGACGACAUACCAGGGAUACAGUGCAUAACAGACCAUCCUGGAUUUGGGCCAGUCUGUUUGGAUAUUUAUGUGCUGAGAACAUCUUAUUUCCAGUACAGACAACUUCAUGGAGAGAUACCAGAAUGCCCUGAGAGAUACCGCUAUACAGCAUACAGACAAUUUGUGAGAUGGUGUUGGGGGUACUUGGGAAAAAGCAUAAGAGUGCCAUUACCUGCGUGUGCUGUGAAGAUUAUUAGAGAAACAUUUCCUGCACCAAAUGGAAAUUUUAAAGGUUUUAAUUUUGUGCAUUAAAAAUAUGUGUUGAAAACAUUGAAAGAAUGACAUGAAACAAUAAAAUUAUAAUUGA